CCAUUGCCUUUCAUAACAUUUUACUUCUUUUCAAUCUUAUCAAAGAAUAGUACUUUUAUGAUAUUUUGGGAAUGCCUCAGGAAAGUAAACCACUCUCUCACGUUAAAAACGUCACCCUAGUUCAUGUUCAAACAAACACACAACAGAUCAUAACAACACACAGACAGAUCCUGUCAUCUAUGAAAUACACGUCUAUUUCUCUCUCCGGAAGAUCAUUGCGAAUGUCUACCUCAAUGGUCUCAUCCAUGGCUAUUCUUCGGACAUAAGACAUGCCCGAUGUGCCUACACUUGGGCUCUCGCCCAUAUCAUCCCCUCCCCAGGAAGAUGGGCCCCCAGAAACUAGAGAGGAGGGUGAAUUGGCCAGCGACGACGAAGACGAAGACCAGGAGCAACCCAAUCAUAACAAUCAAGGCCGACCUCGGGCCAAUUACCCGUCAGAAUAUUUACGUAGAGAUUCAAAAAUGGUGCCUCAACCCCCGUCCGAGUUGGUGGAUCUCAAUGUACCGGAGCUUUUGUAUUUGUGGUAUGUGUCUGAAGGUGUUCGUGAUGUUCUGGGCAGCCAGCAAUGGUUGAAGAAGAUCAGAACGGGCAAAUACCCCGCGUUCUGCAUGUUUGACCACGACUUCUGUACUCAUUUCACGAGCAUGGAGAAAUUAAAUAGACACUGGCUGAAGAACCCCACCCAUAAAUGUGACAUCUCGGGUCUUCUGCAAAGAGGGCGAAAGCUGGCCGAGCAAGAUGCAACAGGCCACGCCUUCCCCAAGGGUCAAUCUCGGUCCCCGCUCAAACGGAGCGAGUCCAAUAACCACAAGCCUAGGACUUUCAGCGAACCGUGUGAGACUUUGACCACCUCCGAAUUGGCCAUGUUGAACACAUGUUUGUGCCGACAUUGCGGGGCUCUCUUCGAUUCACAUGAGAAAUUGCGGGAACAUCGAGAUCUGGCUCAAAAGCAAGGCGGGAGUUGCCCCAAAUUAGCCACCAGGAACAGCAACCCUGCAGUCCGAACUUGUUUCCGUUGUAAGCAAUCGAUGAGCCCGGAGGAACAUACGCAACACAAAUCAGACUUGUUACGUAAUUGUCCCCGGUUUCGGCAUGGACCCAGAACACCAUCGCCUUCGAUAAUCCGAGAGAGCCCAGCAGCUGCAUUUUCUCCGGUCUCGUGCAUCAGUGAGGCAGAAAUCGAAGCCAACUCAGCCAUUCAAGAGCCCAAUGUAUCGUCUUCAAGAAUUCGAGAAUCGCCAAGUUCGCAUUCGUCGAGUUCUUCCCCACCAACCAAUCCAUUGAACAGUCCCGGGACCGCCCAUUUUCCUCCUUCUUCUGUCUCAGUGCCAAGUCAAGACUCGAUUCGAGAAGACGGUCGGGCGUCUUCUUCAAGGAUCGCCUUAGUCAGUGGGGAUAUUGGGGUUUCUACUCCGAGUACCAUCCCUCUCCCUGUUCCUGCUCCUGUUCCUGCUCCUGUUCCUGCUCCUUUUUCUAUUUCUGCUCCUGUUCCUGUUUCUACUUCUGCUCCUAUUCCAUCUCCUGUUCCCUCUCUCAUGCAUUUUCACCAAAACAUUCCCCCCUAUCCCAAUCAAGUGCUGGAAAUUCAAAACCGAAUCACCAACCCCUUGAACGAGGUGGAUAAUAUGGGACGUUUCAACGUGUACGAAAGUCCUCCUCGAAUCGAGGCGGAGAGUCAAGUGGAUAGAGUAACCGAGUUGGACGGACAAGCAAGUUUGCAAAGGUUGAAACGCCCACUUGAUAUCCCUGUUCCUCCCAAAUGUGAUUCGUUUCUGUCCCAGAGCCUGGAGAAGGCUCACAACAGCAGGAUUAUUGCCUCGCUCAAGAACGAGGCGAAGCGAUUAAAAGCAUCGGAAGGACCUAUGGCGUCAAGGGAUCCCCGUCGACCCCUUAUUCAACAGCCUCCUUAUCCCUCGCCACCGGCUGUGUCUGGAUCUCAACCAAGCCGGCGUUAUUCCUUCGAUGCUAUCCCUUCCAUUGGAACCACCAGGAGAACCUCAGGGGAAACGGCCUCACCCAUCUUGGAACCUUCUCAAUUGAGCAAGUUUAAUAUGGCCAUGCCGAAUCCUCUGAUUUCUCCCAUAGGCCAAAAUAACGAUAUUGAUCGAGAUUGGCAGGCAUUUCAAUCUAAACAGCUUGAAAACCUCAAGGAACCGACCAAAUCUCUUUGUCAUCGAGAUCCAAGGUUGGUUGCCAAAGCAAACACGAAGGAAUCUCCAACUCUCAUUCAACGACCUGUGGUCGAUCUACCUUCCCCAUCUGAACUCUUUAACGUCGCAACCAAACCCCAAAGUGCACCUCAACAGCCUCUACCAUCUUUGGUGAAUAAAUACAAAGUUGGUCGCGUCAAGCGGAUUGUGCCGCCAACAGAGACGAACCGUACCCAGGAGGCUCCAUCGAAAUCUGCUACGUCAUCCACUCCGGUGGCCCACGCGGGAUCGAUAAAGGAUUCAACGCCCAGAUCAUCUUAUGCACUACCAGCACCCGUAAAGAAAAGCCCCGAGAAACUUAGUGUAGUGUCUACCACGCAUGUCAAGCCUCAACGUCCAAAAGUACCUGAAUCUCCAACGCUUGUUCGGCCUUCUCAAACCCCAAAGUUAGGCCAUAGCUGCUCAUUUGAGGAUGCCUUGGCCAUGCCGGAUAUAAAAAAAUCCUUGGUCAAAAAGCCGUUGCAAUCCUCCAAAGAUGUGAAGGCGAAGAAUUCAAAAGAUCAUCAAAAUACUACCUCGCAAAGUUUGACUAAAAAGCCCAUCAGAAAAGUCUCCAGAGCCAUGGAGGGAGCUAAUGAAGGAGCAGUUGCCAACGCGGAAAAAAAUUUGGAAUCGGUGGUCAAGAAAAAAGAAAAUGUAAAAGUGAUUCGCCUACGGAAGGAAACGAAGCCCUCUGAUACCCUUUCCAAGUCCGACUUUCCCAUUUCCAACCCUCCGGAUGAGUUAUCAACCGUCGCAAAGAAAGUUUUACGUGAACCCAAAGAUAAGAAAACUAAAAGCAAGUCGUCCUCGAAGUUGACAAGAAAAGUGUCUAAAUUGACUCAGCUCAAUGAAAGCAUGCCCGUGGAACCGCCAAUUAUUGGCAAUCGCGGGCAAGAGCAACUAAAUGUUCCGCUUCGAAGUAGUACGGAUCCUAAAACGGCUACAUCUUGCUCGGAGUCUCAAGAUGAUACCAUAUUAAAUAGGACUCCGCCCAAUGACGUUGAAAAAAGUAUGGAAACAUCAACGGAGAGUGAUAAAAUAUCAGGUGCUCCCAUCGGAGAGGUCAACCCAUACUCGGAUCGUGAAAGCAUUCAUGGAGGAACGACCUCCAAAGAUGGCCAGACAGUGGAGUUAGAUUCCGAAAACAACAUCCAAGAAGAUCCCACAAUAUCAAAUGCUAUUGAGUCAGAUGCCAAUCCUCUCGCCACCAGUAGUGCCAACCAGUCAACUAAAUGCAUCAAUGAAGAUAUGGAGCCUUUUCAAAGUCCGAGGAAAAAUGCAAGUCCAAUCAGUUCAGUUCCUUGCGAAACAGAAAGUGAAUCUCUUCCUGAGAACGAAGAAUCUUACAAUAAUACGGGUCUCCAAGCUGAUAAGGAGACAGCUGAAGAAGUGCCAUCAAAGGAAGAAUCACAAGAGCGUGUGCUCAUCUGUACCAAAGACGAUUUAGUUCUGCAGACCAUUGAAAUUAGUACCGAAUCUAGUGAAGAACCUAAAGAUGUUCCCUCGACGAAUCUCGAUUCUGGAACGAUUGUUAGUGCCGAACAAGAGUCAUCAAACCCAGAGAUUGGUCCAUCAAAUGAAGAUAAUCAGAUCGCUUCAACUGCCAUUUCGGAGAGUCCGAACGAUUCCAACCCUCCCCCAGAAAACGAUUUCCGUGUUACUGAAGAUGUCAGUGUUCCCAAAGAUUUAGGUAGUGCUCCUGUUAUGAAUGCCACUGAGGGGGUUCACCAUUUACAAGCACUUGCUAACAGCAUGUCAAGUAAUGGAGUGAAUAGUAUUGAAGAAAGCCAAGAUUCUCCUAUUUCAAUGCAUCUGAGUGAGAACGCCUCUCAUCACUCAACAACAGGCAACACUUCUUCUCGAAUUGAUCCCACAAUUACGAAAAUUAGUGCCAAAGACACUCUUCAAAUCUCAACCGAGGGCCCAGGUCUCGAGGAAGUGGUUUCGGAGACUCCCGUCACCUUAAUUUCGGGCCCGGACGAAUCGACUACCGAGCCUUCUGAUAUUAGUAUGGCUAUUCAAUGCCAGGAUGAAGUGUUUUCGGAACCUCUUGAAAUGGAAAUGGAUGUCCAGCGUAAUAUUGAAAUAGGUAUUGAGGACCUAGAGACGGACCUGGGAAUUCAGUGCAAUGAGGAAGUGGUGGGUAACGAAACCCCCAGAACAGGAAUCGAGACGCCGAUGGAAACACCCGCACUUUUCCCAGGAAGUUCCGAAAUCAUUGGCGAAGCUCAAUUUGAUCCAGAGUGUGUACCGGAAAUGCCAGCCCCCGACCUGUCGAAUCCUCCAGAACAUGUGUCAGAGAGACGAUCAGAAGCUCCAGCCUUUGGGGAUGAGCCCUCGAUAUCUGACGAAACAUCCGAGAUGAGGGGAAAUGUCAAAUCUAGCUCAAUACUUGAACCCGUGACAUGUGCAACAGGUUCCGUACCGGGCGUUCUUCCACAAACGCAAGUGUCAAAUACACCUGAUGAGCCAGAAUCCGUAAAACAUCUGUCAGGUCCUACAAAUUCAAAGCGAAAGCGUGGCAGACCGAGAACUCGACCCGUCGACAUGAAGGCAAAAAUCUCACGAGUGAAUAGUGGUAGCAAAAGAGGUCGAAAACCAUCCAAGGGGCCUCUGAGAUCUCUGCAAGAAGCGCUCGGUGGUGAAGACCAUGAAGAAACCAGCUCUUGUGACAACGACCAAGAUUUGGCCCCUUUAGUGAUCUGCAAGAACGAGGUGAACUCCAUCGACAAUUGUCCAAAGUGUGGAACCAAAUUCGACCCAAUCUUGGGGCGUUACUCCAUGAACAUUAUGACCUUCGAGAUCUCAAUCAAAUGUCUGACCUGCGACCGCUAUGUGACCAUUCGAAAUGCGUUUGACGUCAAAGAGCGAUCCCUCAUUCGUUAA